AAGAAAUUGCUGAGCAAGGAACUUCUAAAAAAAGAAAGAAAGGUGCAAAAGAAAAGGACAGUGAUGAAGAUAGUGAUUAUAAGGGAGAGGAAACUGAGGACAACAUGGAUGACAGUGAUGUUGAAGCAGGAGGGAAUAAAAUGAUCAGAGCAAUGAGGAAGCAAAUGUCAAGAACUGCAAAAGUAAUGAACGAUGUGAAAGAAAUGAAGAAAGUUCAGAAGAAGCAAGCAGUGAUGUUAGCUAAAAUCUUUCGGAUUGUGAAUGAUCUGUCAGCAUAUGUAGUGAAUAAGCAAGAAGGAGGAAUGCCAAGACACAUGGAGAAUGUGGUAGAAGAAGAAAAUAUACCACAAAAAGAUGAGAGGGAGGAGGAAUGCCAGAAAGAUGAGGGAAAUGACAAAAGCACAGAAAACAUUGAGAAGGAGAAGAAGACUGAAAAUAGCGAAGAUGAAAAGAGUGAGACAGAAAAAAUGAAUGCAAGUGAGGAGCUAAAUGCAGGGGGGAAUGUUGAUGAGAUAGGGAGCGACAUGCCUAAUUUUAACAUAUUUGGAUUUGAAUCUCAAAAAGAAAGUGAAGAAGGAAAUCAAGAAAAGCUGAGGCCUGAAAAUGAUAUAGAAGAUGACACUGAGAUGGAAGAGCAUGGAGAAGAAAAUGAAACAGAAGACUGCAAAAAGGAAGAAGAGAAGAUAGGAGAAAAAGAACAAGAGGCAAGCACUGAGGUAGAAGAGCAGAGGGAAGAAAUCCAGACAGAAGUCAACAAUCAGGAAGGACAAAAAGGAGUAGUGAAUGAUGAGAAGCAAAUGACAAAUGAUGCAACAAGCUAUGAUAUGUGGGGAAUGGGAUCUCAAGAAAAUUCACAGUUUGUGAAAGAGCUGUGCAACAGUGUGGAUCUAAUUGAAAAAGAGGCAUUACUGAGAAAGUCUGAAGGAAAACCCCCUACAAACAUUCCUACUGUGGUAAAAUACUAAUUAUUUUUUAAAUAUUAAAAUUUAUUCAUUUAAAUGUAUAAUAACUUGUCCAAAUUUAACAGUUGAGGGAAAAGAGAAUUGCUAAAUCACCCACAAGGUACACACCGGCAGGACAAACCGCGGAUGCUAAAAGGAGAAGGAAGGAAAAGGCAAAGAAAAGAACACACGAAGAAUUUUUGCCGCCUUCAAGAAAAAUUUAUGGCCCAUUCUCUGAAGACCCCACUGACACACCACCUGCAGAUCAAAUGCAGCGACUGGCAAACUUUUUAAGCAUUGGAAUGCUAAAAUAUAGAAAGAAGGCUGAAAAAGACAGAAGAUAUAGGGCUGAUGAAGAAAAUAUGCAUGGCAUUCCGAUGUUGCUGGAUAUAAUGAAAAUUGAGUCAAAAACUUGGCUAUACAACCUGUAUUCCAAUGAGCAGUGGCUAAAUGACCAGCAUAUGGAAGUAGGAAUGUACUAUUUGAGUGUCAAAAGGCUUCAAUACAAACUCAAACAACAGUAUGCCACAAACAGAGCGUUCUUUAUACAAAUACUAAGGCGUGAACAUGAGAAAAUUCUGAAGGGUCAAGGAACUGUUCACGAAGCUGCAGAUGAUGAUGAGAUUAUGCACAGUGUGCAAGGAAGUACAUCAAAGUUUGCCCUACACUGGUGUGAUUGCCAAUUUGUGUACUUCCCUUUAAACACUGGUCAACAUUGGGUGUUACUUGUGCUGGACAUCAAGAACAGAAAGGUUAGAGUUUACAACUCUAGUUCUCGAAGGGGAGAUUCACUGAAAGAUAUCCGACCAUUCAUCCCAUGCAUCAAAGUCUUGCUUCCUAAAAUAAUGGACUACUACAAUGUGCAUGCUAAUUCUGGAGAGGAGCCAAUGGGAGGGAAAGAAUUACAAAUAGAAGCUGUAGAAAGCUGCCCACAACAGACUAACGCGGGGGACUGUGGAAUGUUUGUACUCAAGAUUGCUGAAUUCCUAAUCAUGGAUAUGGAGCUUGAUGGAAUAGAUGCUGAUGAAAUGCCAAUGUUUAGGCAAAAAAUGGCGACAGAGCUUGUUAUGUAUAGUGAAAAGAGAAUGAGUGAGGCUAAAGGAGUGCAGAUGCCAAAGUUUAUAAGGGAAUAAUGAUACAAUGACAAGAUGUGUUUCUGCAUAUGUUGCAAGACAUGUGUCAUUCAGAC